AUGUACCCGCCACAACCGACUACCCCAGCCCCUCCCGCACCACCUGCUCAACCACCUGCCGGCUCGUCGCUGUCUGACGUGGAGUACGGCGGGCUGCUUAGCCUGUUGAAGCCAUCAAAUGACACGACGGUCACCAUGCUGUACCGGUAUGUAUCCGUACAAACACACACACGUAUGUGCAUCAAAAGAUCGACAGUGGCUGUCGUGUAUGUGUCUCUGUGUGCCAUACAGGGCCUCUGAGAAUGAGAACGCUACAACAUAUACCUAUCUGCUGGACCGUGUGGCGAAUGAAAAGGAUUUGGCGAUUGUCAUCCGCCAAGACAAGUAUGUCUUCGGCGUCUACAUCAGCGAAGGUAUCCAGACGCCCGCCAACCCGUAUGAGAGCCGCAAGUACCAGUGUGAGGUGUUCUGGUUCUCCUUGUCGGGACGCUACAAGGAGCCGACCAGGAUCGACAUACCUUGGAGGGUCACGUGCGAUGUGGCGGGGAGGAAUGGGACAGUACGGGUGGGAAGACAUAGAUCCGCUGCGAGGAUGUAUGUUGGGGGGUUGUUCCUGGCCGACGUCGGCAGCAGUCGCCCUGCUGCUGACAUCCGCGAGUGCAGUCAGAAGACCAGAUGGGACUGGCUGCCUGAGGGCUACGAGGGGGCGACAGAGGACUAUGUAUCGGAGAGAAAUGGCGGUCUUCCGCUGGGCGGGUCGGAGUUUUUUGUGGCUGACGAUAUCGAAGUAUUGCAAGUGAGCGGGGAAAUCGCCGACAUACUGCCUCCUCUUCCCACUACGCCUCAGCCGAGUACAAGCCCCCCUCCACCCCCUACGACAUCAACACCGGAGCCCAACAACAGCAACCCCGGAGCCGACAACGACAACCGCACCCCCUACGACAACAACACCCGAGCCGAUUAAGACUGCACCGCCUACGAUAAGCACACCCGAUCCGUCUGAAAGCGCAGCGGUGUCUGUGGGGAGCUUGUGGUGGGGCGGGAUGGUGCUAGCGAUGCUCAUCUGCACGUGGGGGCUCUUGUAGAAGCACUCGAGUACAGUGCUGUUUCUGUCUGUAAGUGUACGUGUGUGUAUGUGACCUAUGUGAGUCCCAUGUGAUGCUGGGCUGUGUGUGUCACGCUUUCCGGGGCUGUGCGAAGAGGUAGUGUUCGUCCGUUUAUGUGUCGUCUCGUCUGUCGUGCUUCUCCGUGCUCGGAUGGUCAGUGCAGUGAGAGAUCUUGCCUGGCCAAACGAACAUGUGUGUGUGCGUGUGUGCUGUGAGUGGCUGUCAAUGCAAUGUGGAUAUGUGGGUGUUGUUCCCUUGGAGCGUUGCUGAGUGAAGUAGCGACCUCAACUGCGCUGACACACACGUACACACGCACACACACAUGUCCUGUGGUGCUGUGCUGUGCUGUGCUGUGGCGGGCGGCUGUCUGCCAUUGGCUGGCGUCUGUAGGUGCGCCGAUCGAUUUGGUAGUGUACAUGUCUUUCCUUCUCUCUCUCUCUCUCUCUCUCUGUGUGUGUAUGUGUGUCUGUCUGUCUGUCUUGAUGAGUGACUGUAAGUAAUGGUCUUGUGGCAUGCCACGCUGUGCUGUGCUAUGAGUGUGUGUGUUCGUGUGUUUGCCGGGUUUUCACAGUGGUGGUCCCUGCGGGGCUGGGCUGCGUAUGUUUAUUGUAUUGCGUGGGAUGUCCUUGAGUGGGCGUGUAGGUGCCUUGUGUGUUGUGUGUAUCUGUGUGGUGAGCGGACCAAGUGGGAUUGAUGGAACCGAUUCCUUCCACCAGACGGCAUCUGUCGGCCAACGCACUUCAGCUUGUGCUUCCACCCUCUCAAUGUCUCCAUGCCACCACACGCACAUCGCGAUGCGGGGGAGGGGGUGCGCGCGGCCAUCGACUGGGCGUGGGGUCGUUUUCUUUUUUUGCUGUACGACAGUCUAUCAGGUGUGUCUUUGUGUAUUUAAUUAAACUGGCGGUUCGGCGCUUUGCACGCCGCUUCAGCUGAGGAUGUAAUUCACGUCACUCUUCACGUCACUCUUCAUCACUCUGUCGGUGACUUCAAGUUGAUGCAUGCGUUGAGUCGCUGAGUGGUGUGGGCGGGUGCAGGCAUGGACAACGAACGAUGGCUGGGCAGUUACCCACGCUGGGCUGUUUCCGUCAGGCAGUUGAGAGAACUUGAGAACCAG